AACAGACACACACAUGUCAGGCCAUGGUCUAGGAUUGUUACCAUAUGUCACAACAAUCCACUAACAACAAUUAUCACAAAAAUUUCUUUUUUUUCUUUCCCAAUUCAACGAUAUAUUUUUCGGAAUACUAAUAAUAUAAUAAUAUAUAUAACUAAGAAGAAAUAUAUAUAUAUGGCGGCGGCAGCGUUGUGUGUGUUGGUUACGGGAGGUGCAGGAUAUAUAGGAAGUCACACGGUUUUACAACUGCUGCUACAUGGCUAUAAAACGGUUGUUAUUGAUAAUUUAGAUAAUUCAUCUGAAGUCGCUAUUACUCGUGUCAGUCAACUUGCCGGCGAUCAUGCUCAUAAUCUCGCUUUUCAUAAGAUGGACAUCAGGGAUAAGCAUGCAUUAGAGCAGCUUUUUGCCUCCACAAAGUUUGAUGCUGUCAUUCACUUUGCUGGAUUAAAAGCUGUUGGUGAAAGUGUGCACAAGCCCUUGAUGUAUUACAACAACAAUAUUAUUGGUACUAUUACUCUCUUGGAAGUUAUGGCUGCUUAUGAAUGCAAGAAGCUUGUGUUUUCGUCAUCGGCUACUGUUUAUGGUUGGCCAAAGGAGGUCCCAUGCACAGAAGAGUUUCCAUUGUCUGCAGCCAACCCAUACGGAAGAACUAAGCUCAUGAUUGAGGAUAUAUGUCGUGAUAUGUACGCUUCAGAUUUCAACUGGAAAUUCAUAUUGUUGAGAUACUUUAACCCAAUCGGUGCACAUCCUAGUGGCCAAAUUGGUGAGGAUCCUCGUGGAAUCCCAAACAAUCUUAUGCCUUUCAUUCAGCAAGUCGCUGUUGGUAGACAACCUGCACUCCAAGUAUUCGGAACAGAUUACUCAACAAAAGAUGGAACUGGGGUACGUGAUUACAUCCAUGUGGUAGAUUUAGCUGAAGGGCAUACUGCUGCACUGAAAAAACUCUCCGAUCCUAAAAUAGGUUGUGAAGUUUAUAACUUGGGGACGGGGAAAGGGACUUCUGUUUUAGAGAUAGUAACAGCAUUUGAAAAAGCAUCAGGAAAGAAUAUUCCUUUGGUUAAAACUGGCCGACGACCUGGUGAUGCUGAGAUCGUAUAUGCAUCAACAGCAAAGGCAGAACGUGAGUUGAACUGGAAGGCAAAGUAUGGAAUAGAGGAGAUGUGCAGAGAUCAGUGGAACUGGGCCAUCAAGAAUCCUUACGGCUAUCAGACCAAAGAAACACGGUGAAACAAAUGAUCAUGUUGAUAUGUUUUUGGUGGAUGUCAUCUGCUUACAACAAAAAAAUGUUAAACGAGGUUUUAUAGUAACUAAAAAGAAAUAGUUAGCCUUUCAUAUAUCCUCUACUCUUUAAAAGUAUAGCCUUCUUGUAUAUAAAAUUUCUAUAUCUUCGAUACGAUUGGAAUAAGAUCUUCACUCGUGGCAUACAAGUGUUGUUUAUUGUCAA